AUGAAAAUGAUUGAAGAAGAAGGUUUAUUCACACCCUCUUUCUCUUUCUCUCUCUUUAUUCAUCACUUUACAUGUCUCUUUGAGUUUGGUCCAAUUUUUCACAUCCUAAAUCCAAAACCCCCUCCUCACCGGUUCUGGCUCAUGGGCGUCGUCCUCCAUCGCCACCACCGUCGUUUCAUUCCAACUAUCACCGUCUUUGCUUUCAUCUUUCUUUUCUCCUCCUCCUCCGCCGCUGUCUCUCUUAAGAGUGAAAGGCUUGGGCAGGGGCCGGGUUUGGCGGGUCGGAUCGUAGAUCAGAAGCGGUUAGGCGGGCCGGGCUCGGCGCCUCCGAGUUGUAGAUCGAAGUGCGGGAAGUGUGAGCCGUGUAAAGCUGUUCAUGUUCCGAUUCAACGUGGUCAGAUUACGGCAUUGGAAUAUUACCCUGAAGCUUGGCGCUGCAAGUGUGGCAACAAGAUCUUCAUGCCCUAACUUUAUCCUCAAACUAUUUUAGUGAAGAUAAAUAAAUUAUUAAAAUGACUUCUUCUAGUCUUUUUCAU